AUGUAUUCAGGGCCUAUGCCACAGCCUGCAAGCGCAGGGGGGACUCCAGCGAGCCCUGGCCGUCCCCAGAGUCACCCCAACGGCCAUCCAGCUCGAUCCGAAGUACCGGAAUGUCGAAUCCGGAACGACCAGCAAUGCAACGAUGGUAGUAGAUGCAAAUCAAACGACUGGCGAAUCACAGAUUCUACCCUGUUUGCGUACAAUGCCAUGAGCGGGUGCAGCCACGCGGAAACAACGAACCUAUACGCUUGGUUGAAAGGCCAUCACAGAAACUGUGGGCCAGAGAAUGACUGCUCUCUGUUGCUUCAGAAGUUGGAGGCGCAGGAUCCGGACUCCGCACAAACUGAUGGAGACAGGCAUGACGAUGGAAGAGUGUUUUCAGUGCCUCGCCCAAGUUACGAAGCCACCACUCAAUGGGGUGACGAAACGAGGCUGCAUAGAGCGAGAGGGUCAACACUGCGGGCGGGAUCGGAGGGCAACUUUGCGACGCAGCACUCUCGAGCAGACUGUCGCUGCUCCGGUGAAUGUAACGUUGGCGUGAGUAGAGACCUUCAAGACCCUUAUGUAUCUGAUGGCGAGGAUCCCGGUAGAAUAUCGCCAGACACUUUCCGCCUAUGGACCAAAAACUGUGCCAAAGUUCAAAAGCACUCUCAUAAUCAGCCUGCAAAGGACCUCAGCGCAAAGGACGUGGAAAGGGGACUCCCUCGCCCGGCCAAGAACCGCGUCGACGAGACACCCGACGACUCAGCCACGGCAUCCAUCUCGCCCGUCCCGUCCGGCGAGCACCAGAGACUGGUCCAACAGCCCAAACCAACUGGAAAAGCAGAUAAACACGACGAAAUACGCACCUGGCAGCGCAAACUGUCCCUCCACGCCGCGACCCCAGCCACAGCCACAGGCACGUCGCACCGACUCCCGAAUCAAGUCCACGUCCUCACGCUCCCCCAAGUCCAAUCCGCGCUCGGCCAUCCUCUCGCGCCCCCUACAAUCCACACCGUCCCUCUGUCGCAAUACACCAGCGCCCUCGGCAGACGCGCCUCGUUCCUCGACUCGUCGGAAUCGCACCUAGCCCAACUCGCCCGCGUCCGCAGCCACCUGCACGGCCAGGUGCUCACCCUCCAAGAAACACUGGACAGCAUCACGGCGCACGCAGGCAAAAUCAUGCGCAGACGCCACCCGCUCCUCACGGAAGCAGACGCCAAGGAACAGAGCGAGAGGGACGACAUAUACGCCUACCUUGGGGACUACAUGCGCAGCCUGGACGCCGAGUGCGACGCCAGGCACGAGAAGCUGCAUUUGCUAGCCCGCGAGGUCCACAAGCUGAGGGAGCAGGAGGCCAGGCUGAGGGACAUGAUAGGAGCCGUGGGCACGACGGUGGGCGUCGGCACAGAAGAGGUCAAUGGCGACGUAGGCGAGAUGGAGAGGCUGGUGAGGCUAAUCGACGAGGGGGAGACGGGAGUCCUGGGGAGGCAACGCCGCCCCGAGCCGUACUAG